UUAUAUUAUCUAUCUGGCACGCAGUCAUGGCCACCUCUCUAUUCUAUGAUUUAAUAAAUGUGGAUUCAUAGAACCAAGCGCCAUGAAAUGGGGCUCGUGCUCGAGCUCUCUAGUUGGGGUUUCGCUUUCUUUAACACCAGGCUUUUGGGUCGAUUCUCUAUUCAAAUCCAUGUUUCUUUUGUCUCUAAACACGACCAGACACUUCUUCAACUGGAUUUUGCAGUACCGCCAAAUACAGCAGAGGUACCAUCAAAUACAAUUAUGGUUUCAAUCUAUGGCCAAAACCACCCUAUGUGACGAGCUUUCAGUAUCUACUUUUUUGGGGCCAUGGGCCUGCAUGAUAACUUUGUUCAGAGUUGGGUGAACUGAAAAAUAUAGCGGAAAUUGCUUGAUUUAGAGGUAACUGUGGAAACUCUUACUGAAUUAACAUAUUGGGUUUUGCAUUUUCCCUUCUCUUUGUUGAUUGGUUCGAUUUGGAAGUCCACUAAAUUUAGUGGAAACCUCCCAAUAUUGCAAUAAAGAGGAGGAAAAUUUGCCAAAACCGAUGAAGAAGCUUUGUUUCGGUUUCUGAUGGGUUGGUUAUUUUGGGCAUGUUUUAUUUGGGUUUUGCUUCCAAAAAUUACUUUAAAGGAGGCUGUACGGAAUAAACGCUUUCAAGGAAGUUAAAGGCCCAAUUUUCCAGGCAGUAUGGUGUAGUUACAGAGAGGUAAGUGAUGAUCCAGACACGAAUAAUAAAAAAAAGUGAUAUCACCCAGACACGAAUGAGAAUAAAAAAAAAAUGGUAUCCUUUUUUAAUGGAUCCUGUAAUUAAUGUUUCUUGAAGUUGAUGUAUUUUAUUACAUUUGGGAUGUGUGGUUCUUUUCUUAAUAGAACUGUGUUUGAGAGCUUGGAGACAGAGGAGUCCUAAUAUUUAAGAUUUUCAGAUAGUGGGUAGUUCUUCAGAUGAAUCAUCUGUAGUAUCAGUCAAGGGGAGCUGGAGAGGAGAAAAAGGAGACUUAAAGGUAUGAAGAAUGUUCCUUUCUUACUAUUUUCAGAAACAAUGUCCUUGUUAAGAGAAGAAACAUAUUGAAGGAAAGUUCAUUCGGGGUAUUUGCUUCUUGCCAAUUUGAGUUAUCUAUAUUUUCCCAGUGCUGAAAACAUAGCCUGGCUGGAAGCAAUUGGGGUGUAAGGUUUGUGUAUCCUAUUUAUUAGAGCUCUUCUUACGGUAUCAGUGCUGGAAAAUAGAGUGGACUCAGAAGUUACUCUUGUGUCUAAAAGGUUAUGGUCUUCUGACCAUUUAUUUUAUCACUGGUUCAUCUUUGAUAACGACAAGUAUUUUCGAGCAUUUACCUGCUGUUUCCUGUGGAAGAUAAUUCCUGUUGCCUAAAACUUGCGUGGGAGAAAUUGGGUUUGGUUUUGUGGCCUUCUUGUUAUCUACUCUGGUAAAAAAUGUCUACUACUAGGCCCACCCAAUCUUCAAGCAGUUCUAGCAGGUCCAAGCAAAGUGAAAGAAUUAUUGCACAAACCACUGUAGAUGCAAAGCUUCAUGCUGAAUAUGAGGAGUCAGGUAGCUCCUUUGAUUACUCCCGAUCAGUGGUAGUGAGCAAGGAUGCAGCAGUGGAUUGUCCUGGUUCUGAGAAGGUAAUGGCUUACCUUAAACACAUACAAAAGGGUAAGCUGAUCCAGCCAUUUGGGUGCCUUCUGGCUUUAGAUGAGAAUACUUUCAGGGUCAUAGCAUAUAGCCAAAAUGCACCCGAGAUGCUCACUAUGGUUAGCCAUGCAGUUCCUAGUGUUGGGGAACAACCCACUUUAGGCAUCGGCACUGAUGCUCGGACCAUUUUCACAGCACCAAGUGCUGCUGCACUUCAAAAAGCAGUUGGUUUCGGAGAAAUCAGCCUUUUAAACCCCAUAUUGGUCCACUGUAAAAGCUCAGGUAAACCCUUCUAUGCCAUUGUUCAUAGAGUAACUGCUGGUUUAAUCAUAGAUUUCGAGCCUGUUAGGCCCUCUGAAGUUCCCAUGACAGCGGCUGGGGCUUUACAGUCUUAUAAGCUUGCAGCCAAGGCCAUUUCUAGGCUUCAAUCUCUACCAAGUGGCAACAUAGAUAGGUUAUGUCAUACUGUGGUCCAAGAGGUUCAUGAAUUGACUGGUUAUGACCGAACCAUGGCUUACAAAUUUCAUGAAGACGAUCAUGGUGAGGUUAUUUCAGAGAUUACGAAAGAGGGUCUUGAGCCUUAUUUAGGUCUUCAUUAUCCAGCCACUGAUAUACCCCAAGCUGCCAGGUUUCUAUUCAUGAAGAACGGGGUUAGGAUGAUUUGUGAUUGUCGAGCUCGACAUGUUAGGGUUUUCCAAGAUGAGAAAUUGGCAUCUGACUUGACCUUAUGUGGCUCGACUUUGCGAGCCCCACACAGUUGCCAUUUGCAGUAUAUGGAGAACAUGGAUUCAAUAGCUUCAUUGGUCAUGGCGGUCGUUGUGAAUGAAGAUGAAGAAGAGAACAUUGCAGAUGGUCCCAAGAGAAAGAGGCUCUGGGGCUUAGUGGUUUGCCAUAACACUAGCCCAAGGUUUGUUCCUUUUCCUCUUCGAUAUGCCUGUGAGUUUCUUAUGCAAGUUUUCGCUAUCCAUGUGAACAAGGAGGUGGAAUUGGAAGCUCUAGUGAGGGAGAAGAACAUCUUACGCACUCAAACCAUGCUAUGUGACAUGCUUCUAAGAGAUGCUCCUCUUGGGAUUGUGACAAAAAACCCAAAUGUCAUGGAUCUUGUUAAGUGUGAUGGAGCUACUCUUCUAUAUGAGAACAAGCUAUGGAGAUUGGGUGUAACUCCAAGCGAGGUUCAUAUACGUGAUUUAGCUCGGUGGCUCUCUGAGUAUCACACUGAUUCCACUGGCCUAAGUACUGAUAGUCUUGUUGAGGCUGGUUAUCCUGAUGGUGUCUCUCUAGGGGACUUAGUUUGUGGAAUGGCAGCUGUAAAAAUAACUGAGACAGACAUGCUUUUUUGGUUUAGGUCUCACACUGCGAGUGAAAUUAGGUGGGGUGGUGCAAAACAUGACCCAAAUGAUAAAGAUGAUAAAAGGAGAAUGCAUCCAAGGUCUUCGUUUAAGGCUUUCUUGGAAGUUGUCAAGACCAGGAGUUUUCCGUGGAAGGAUUAUGAGAUGGAUGCAAUCCAUUCUUUACAAUUGAUACUUAGAGGAUCAUCUAAGGAUAUGGCAAAUUGCAAGAAUACACAAACCGUGAUUGAUGCGAAGCUGAAUGAUCUUAAACUUGAAGUGGAUUCUGAUGGCCAUAUUAAUGGUUGGAACACAAAAAUUGCUGAAUCAACGGGAUUUUCUGUGGAGACUGUCCUUGGGAAGAAUUUACUCACACUUGUUGAAGAUGAUGCGGUGGACACUGUUACGGAAAUGCUUCGCAAGGCCUUGCUGGGCGAGGAAGAGCAGGGUGUGGAGUUUCAGAUGAAAUCCAACACUUCCCAUAAAGACAAUGGUUCCCUUGUCUUGAUCGCAAAUGCUUGCUCAAGUCGUGACUUCCAAGACAACAUUGUGGGUGUGUGUUUCAUUGCUCAAGACAUAACGGGACACAAGAUGGUUAUGGACAAGUUUACUCGAAUUCAAGGGGAUUACAAAGCAAUAGUUCAAAAUCUAAAUCCUCUUAUCCCCCCAAUAUUUGGCACCGAUGAAUUUGGUUGGUGCUCAGAGUGGAACCAGGCCAUGACCAAGCUCUCUGGUUGGGAACGGGAGGAAGUUAUGGACAAGAUGUUACUGGGUGAAGUCUUUGGAGUCCAUGGUGCUUCUUGUCGAAUAAAGAACCAAGAUGCCUAUACAACCCUUGGAAUAGUGUUAAAUAAUGCAUUCUCAGGCCAAGAUACUGAGAAGGUUUCUUUUGGUUUCUUUGCCCGUAAUGGGAAAUUUGUAGAUUGCUUGCUAUCAGUGAGCAAGAAACUUAAUGGUGAGGGGAAUGUGACGGGGGUUUUCUGCUUUUUGCAAAUUGCGAGUCCUGAACUCCAACAAGCAUUGCAUGUUCAGAGAUUAUCAGAACAAACAGCUGCAAGAAGGCUAACAGCAUUGGCUUAUAUAAGGCAGGAGAUAAGAAAUCCCCUUAGUGGUAUUAUGUAUGCUAAAAAAUUGUUGAAGGAGACUGACCUUAAUGAUGAACAGAAACAAUUCAUCUAUAACAGCCAACUCUGCCAACGCCAGAUUUCUCUUAUUCUUGGUGACUUGGAUCUCCAAAGCAUUAUUGAUGGAUAUGCGGAGCUGGAUACUGUGGAAUUCACCUUUGGAGAGGUGCUAAUUGUGGCCAUGAGCCAAGUCAUGAUAGCAAGCAGAGAGAAGGGGAUUCAGAUAGUAAACAGUUCUCCAGAAAAAAUGAUGUCCGAAUGCCUUUAUGGAGAUAAUCUGAGGCUUCAACAAAUAGUUAGCAAUUAUCUACAUAACGCUGUAAGGUUCACACCAUCACGAGGCGUCAUUGAGGUUACCUCGAGUCUAACCAAAAGUCCUUUAGGAGAAAGUGUUCAUCUCGUGAAUCUUGAGAUCAGGAUAACUCAUACUGGUCAUGGGAUACCGGAGGAAUUGCUGAGGCAAAUGUUUGAGAUCGAGCAAGAGACAGGGGAGGAGGGUGUUGGUUUACUUGUUUGUCGCAAGCUCCUUAAGCUUAUGAACGGCAACGUUCGCUAUCUUCGAGAGGCUGGGAGGUCAUCAUUUAUCCUGUCAGUUGAGCUCGCAUCGGCACAGAAGUCACCCCAAGCUGUGCAGUUCAUGUGAGUAGUUCAAAAAAAUUUCAGGAGGUCUCCCAGAGAGAGGAUUUGGGGGCUUUUGUGCUUGGGUCAAUAGGUAAGUUUACCACGUCUUUUAGUCUUUUUCUGUUUCUUUUUGUCUCUGCAAAUUUGGAAUUUAAGUGGUUGUGUAUGGAUGUGGUGUGCACUCUUUUGAGAUGGUUGUCAAAAGUUUGAAGUUUUAUGGCAUAAGGUGAUGCAGUUGCUGAUUA